AUGGAUCGCUCUCGUUCGAAAGAUUUGCCGCUUGAUUCAUGCCUCUUGGAUCCCCAUGCCCGUGCCCUAAGGGAAGUGACCUACCUGUUCUGGGGCGAUAGCUCAAAGCAUUGGGAGCAGCUCAACAGCCUGAAUGACAGUCCGGUUCCAUACUGGAAGUUCUACAUCGAGGAAUGUGCUCAUGCGCUUCAUGAUGGUGGGAGACAUAUUGCCAUCAGGACACAUGCAGAUAUUCUGGAAAUCGCUGCGAAGCUUCAGGCUGGCCUCUCGAGAGCCGAAAUCAAGGACCAGAUACGCAUGAAGCUGACAUCUCCACACCACAACGAAGACGAAAUAAUGGAGAACUCAGUGAAUCUGGUCUCGAGCCUUCUUCUCAUGAUAAACUACGGCACCUUUUCAUACGGCUUCUCAGGUCGGACUGAGUUGCAGUGGGCACAAAGAUCGUUACGGCAGCAUGUGGCGCGUUAUUUUGCGGAGCCACCGGUUCUCGGCCAUGAGAGGGUCAAGUUGGAAAAGAAUUUCACAGGCCCCAACCUGAGCCGGAUCGCCGGACUGGAGAUAGUAUGGACAGACAACUUGAUUGACCACUUGCGCAUGUCGGACGAUGCUACCAAUGUCCACAUCUUCCACCACGCGGCAUUCCUCGAAUGUCAACGCCAAAGCCAGAAGUCCCUCUUACCAGAUGGUGUUGCCGCCGAGACUCUGCAAACUCUCGUACUCCUUUUUCCAACGGCAGAUUCUGAGACGAGGAAGUGGUUUUUGAAAGCAGCAGCAACAGCACAGUUGGACGGCCGAGCCAUCCAGUGCGGAAGACUGAGGAGCGACCGGCGGCAGAUCGAGAGCUUCAUGUUCUGGAGAGACCUGUUGGUGACGCUGAAGCAGGUGUUUGACGAGGCACAGCCAAGGACAAUAUCCCAGUGGUGGAAUGAUCGGAGGAACGGUGUUCAGUGGUACACAUUCUGGGUAGCGGUGUUGGUCCUGGUUUUGACGGUUCUCUUUGGCUUUAUACAGAGUGUCGAAGGGGCCUUACAGGUGUAUGCAUCAUUCAAGUCCAUGUCCGGCCCAGCCUGA